CGCUUUUCAUGACCAAAGACCAAGUCGUCUUCUCCAUUCCAAAAUCACCAUUCAAUUUUUUAGCGCUUCUGAGAGAGUGUCUCCGUCGCGUUUUUCUCCCAACACAAACAUGGCUAGAUUUCGUAACGUAUAAAAGAAAAAAAUCCCUCCAUGGAUUCUUCACCAACUGUUAUCAUAUUAGAAUUUUAACUAAAUGAGCCAAGAACAACCGCCGAGGCCAGAGGAGCAAGAGCCCAUCAAACAUGGCAACAUUUUCGAUGUCCAAGGUGAGCUCGCCCACAAGGCAGUGUCGCCGAGGGAUGUGUCGAUGAAGCAGCCGCUCGAGAACGCCUUUCUUGGCCAAACUCAGAAGGGAGGUGCGGCAGCAGUGAUGCAAUCUGCGGCAACGCGAAACGAGAGACUCACACAACAAUCUAAUAGCCCCAAAAAGACGAAGGAAGCUCUUGUUGGGCAGGGGCAAAAUAACCAAGCGGCUUCUCCACCAUCCGGCAAUCAACAUGGCGGUAAUUUAACAAAUCCAAUCACUAUUGGGGAAGCACUUGAAGCCACUGCUCUCACGGCUGGAAAUAAACCGGUAGAAUGGAGUGAUGCUGCCGCGAUUCAAGCUGCGGAAGUCAGAGCCACUGGACGGACCUCUAUUAUGCCUGGUGGCGUCGCAGCCAGUGCACAGUCGGCUGCCACCCUCAACGCAAGGAUAACUCGGAACGAGGAAAAGAGAAAGUUGGCUGAUAUUCUUUCGAAUGCAACUGCAAAGUUACCGGCGGACAAGCCGGUGACGAGGAAAGAUGCAGAAGGGGUAACUGGGGCGGAAAUGAGAAAUGACCCAAACCUUACUACGCAUCCUGCAGGCGUGGCGGCGUCUGUGGCUGCAGCUGCUAGGCUCAACCGGAUUAAAUGAGACUUGAAACAGGCCUGUUUUCUGUUUGAGCACAAAUUGCCAUGGAUAAAUGUACGUCAUGGGUAGUCCUUAUCUUAUAAGUAUAGUUCAAAUUAUGUAUCUAAUAAAUAAAUAAUGGGGUU